UCUCUACGCAGGUGUUUAAAAACAUGGAGGGAAAAUGUUCAUGGGAUGAAAAAUAGAAGUCUUUACGGACGCCGUGUAGCAUCAUGUAGCUACCUACACACUGCCAGAGAAUCCAGCCAGUCUUUGUUUAGUUAUUUUAGUUAAUUUUAUAAAACCCAAGUGUCACAGUCAGAUUUUAGAAAGUAGAAGCCGCGGCGUGAUGCAAAACUCAGAGUCAGACGGAGCUGAGGAGUCUCGACAGUCGCUGGUUUUCUUUGACCUGGAGACAACAGGACUGGGUCAGAGCUGUGACAUCGUCCAGCUGGCUGCAGUGAGCGGGGGCCACUCACUCAACCUCUACAUCAUCCCUCGGUGUCGAAUGGAGCGAGGAGCAACCAAGGUGACUGGCUUCAGGGUCCGCAGACAGAAGCUGUACCUCCAUCGGCAGCUUGUCCUCACCAACUCCCCUCGAGAGGUCCUGGUCUCCUUCAUUGCGUUCCUUCAAAUGCUGGGGCGCCCACUUGUCGUUGGCCACAACAUUCGUCGCUUUGACUGUCCUUUGCUGGCUCGAGCUCUGGAUGAACAUGACCUCAGAACAGAGUUUGAGUCUUCAAUCUCAGGCUGCGUUGACACUCUGCCACUGGCCCGUGAGAUGCUGAAGGACCGCUGCCUCCAGAGCUUUCGACAGGAGAAUCUGGUGAAGGAGCUGUUGGGUGUGAACUACAAGGCCCAUGAUGCUUUGGAGGAUGUGCGGGCAUUGCAGGCUCUCUAUAGUGUGCUUAAACCGACGCCAGAGUUGGUUUGUAAGCAUAUGUUUACUCUGGAUACGAUGGAAAGCAAGCCAGCUGUCACAGCUGUCAAAGCCGAAGUGCCCUGUACGAUGCCAGGACAGCGCCCCCUGUGGGAGUACUUCAAACAGACAGUGAAGGUCACAGAGAGCAAAGCAGAGGACCGUAAUGGAGAACUUAAAGGAUUAUAAAAUACUUUACAUCAGUAAGUUAUUAAUGCAGAAGACUGGCAGCCUCUGUGUGUGCCCCAUGGUAGAACUUAUGAAACCCACUGCUUUACUUUGUGGCACAAAACAAGAGGUGUGUCUUGUUCUUCUAGUGCAAACAGAGAAGGUAAAAACACAACAAAUCCACAUCUGGAAGUCCUUCUGUACUACUUGAGUGCAGCACUUGAACCUUAGACUAACUGCUGUUUGGUUACAGAAAAAAAUGUGUGUACUUUUAUUGUUUUAAGGAGGUCUGCAUAAUAUUUUUAUUGGAGGUACAUAAAUCUGCUAAUAAAUAUAUUGUAUUUCUACACAGUGUCCCAAAUUACACACUGCAUUGCUUAUUAGUCCUGAAUAUUUAAAGUAGGUCUGGAAGAUAUGGCUAAAAUCAAUACCACAAAGGAUAUUUUACAUUAUCAUUAGACCUCAUUAUAUGGCUAAAUUAUAGAUGAAAUACUGUAGAACUGUAACAAUUUAGUUCAAAGGGCAGAAAAGUAAUCUGCAACUAGUCUGAUAAUCAUUUUAGUCAUUUUAUAUGCAAACGUUUCGCUGUUUCCGUUUUCUCAGAAGUGAGGAUUUGAUGCUUUUCUUUGUCGUACAUGAUCAUAAACUGAAUAUCUUUGAGUUUUUGACUGUUGGUCGGACAAAACAAGACAUCUGAGGAUGUCACCUUGGGCUGAUCUGAUGUUUUAUAUAAAAUGCAAAGAAUCCCCAGAUUUAUUGAUACUGAAAAUAAGCAUUAGCUGCAGCAGUAAAAUACUCGUACCAUCUCAGUACCACAAGAUGAUCAACUAUUUCCAUGCAGUUUCUCUAAUGUCAAGAAAGUUCACAAAGUUAAAAAUUUGGACCUUGGUCUGAUGUAAAAAGAACUGUUUCAGGUUUUACUCAGCAAAGUUAUCCAGAUAACUCAGUAAACUUAUUUAAUCAGCCUUCAAUGGUUUAAACUAUUAAAGUGUACAGACACAGCACAAAACAUAAGGAGUUCAGACAGUGUAGUAACAGAACAAGGCUUUAUUAAACCACUUGUACAUACAUGUUCUCUUCAGUCCCAUGCUACAGCAUCACCAUAUUCAAAAAUGCUAAACCAUGCCCUCACUAGAGAAAUAUUCCAAGAAAUCAUCUCACAAUAGUUAAAUAAAAUAAUUAAGCUAAAACACUGUGGCCUUUGUGUGCAUUUGAAGGACAUGAGUUAAAAGUGGAAAAAAGACCCCUAAAAAUCCAAAAAAUAACCUCUGUGCAAAGUUGUGGACGUACAGUAUUAAAACUAAAAGGUGACUUAAAAUAACAUCAGUAACAAAGAUGAGUUAAAUUAAAAGUUAAAAUUCAAAAUCAAUGACCUCUACAAGACUAUGUCACUGAAUUGAAACACUUGAGAAAGAUGGCAAGUAGGCUGUUUUGUUGACAAACAGAACUGGAGGCUCUACAGAGAUAUGGAAGGGUGAAUUUGAGGUAAUGGUUGUUUAAUCAAAAAAGAUGCAGUGAUUUUAACUAUUAACACCCUUCUAAUCUCUUAAUAUUCUUCCAUUGUUCAGCAGUUUUAGCAACAACAAAUAACUAAAGGUUUAGUGCAUCUAUAUUCGGGACAAGCUUGGAGAUCAACCCACAUCACUAACAUGGUCAUGAAGUAGGUAAAAGCCUUAACAGGGUUAGCUCAAUACACUGUGGUCAUUCAUUCAGGUCAAACUAUAGAGAUAUUUAGUCACUGGUAGGUUGGCAGGCUGAUAGAGCAUUCAUUUUCAAAUAUUUGAUUCAAGAUAGCUUAUAAAAACUAUUACAAGAAAAUCCAUGACUCCAUGAUUGAUUGAAUUGAGAUCGACCCUGGUAUGAACUGGAAUAUUACGCAGAAGUUUGCACCAUACUCAAAUAUAAUCUAGUUACAGUACUGAAUCCAACAUGUUGGAAAGUGGUCACCAGAAAAGAUUACACUGUCACGUUAAACCAGUCACUCCAUGAUUUUGUAAUGUACAGGUAAAGCUUUUAUAGUACAGUUAGUUUGGGGAUUUUUUUCUCUUAGUAUGUAAUGUUUCAUAUUGAUGGAUCAGUACAAACAACAAAACAUACAAAGUCCUGAAAAUUUUGGCUUCAAAUACUCAGAAAUACAGACAAGUUUGUUCCUAUAAUUAUAUAUAUAUUAUAAAACUGAAUGCAGCAUUUUGUUGUACAAAUGUACAAGACGUGGACGUGUUAA